AUGGACUACAGCGCCUCUAUACACGAGACCGAGGACCCGGCGGCAUCUCCCUGGGGCAACACUCCAGGCUCAUCUCCCCAGCAUGACCGCACCACGUUUGCGAGCCUCACGGGUGAUGCUCCUGUUCCCGCUUUCCCGUACACCCCGCAGUCGUCCAACGGCCUGGGACCAAGUGGUGACGAUGUCUUUCCGCAGUCUGGCUCAAUAACUCCUGCGGCCGGCGGAGGGAGCGAGCAUGAGGAUGCGGGAUUGACUGCAUCUUCAGAGUCUGGCACCGUGCCUCCAUCUGAGGCCCCUCAGUCAGCAGCUUCAACAGAGGUGCCACCAGAGGAUGCGCAACAGCCUCGGAAGCCUCCACAGCCCCAAUUCCGGCUGCAGGCAAAGAUUACAGGCCUGGAACGAACGGGAAAGAAGGAUCCGAUACUGCGAUUUGACGUUCACACCAACCUGCCUCGAUUCCGCACCACCCAGUACCGAGAUGUCCGACGUUUGCAUUCCGAGUUUGUCAAGCUUGGAGAGCACCUGAUAUCUGCAAACCCCGAAGCUCUGGUACCGGCUGUCCCUCCCCCUAUUACAUCGGCUGGCGCUGGUACAGAGGAGGAUGAAAACCGAGUCAAGGCCCUGAUGCAGCGAUGGUUCAACUACGUGUGUGGGAACGAGGUAUUGAUGAGAGACGAUGAGAUGGUGCUUUUUGUUGAAAGCGACUUUGGCUACAGCCCGCUCGUGAAGAGAAAGCAGCCCGCAACUGGUGUUCGCAGGAAGAUUUUGAAGCAGUUUGCUCCGCCUCCCGAUGAUACCCCUGAGCUCGCAGAGGCUCGUCCUGUCGUUAAGCUGUUCUAUCUUGGUACCAUGGAUGCUGGCCACAAGGUCGACAAGCUCGUCAAGGCUAGGAGAGGCCUUGGACUUGUCGAGUCUGAUUACGGUGUGAAGCUUGGCGCCAUGCAUGUCCAGGAGCCGCACCCGGGACUGGCAAACGCCUACAAGAAGCUCGGUAGGGUGAUUCAGACUGUGGGAGACUACCACGCCGCUCAAGCCACGGCUGAGGCUGCCACCAUCGGCGACCCAUUCCAGUACCACUCGCAGGAUGCCUUUAUCGUCAAGGAGUCUCUCACCAACCGUCAAAUUCUCAUCCGCGAAUUCUUACAAGCCCAGGAGGUAACGCGAAGCAAGCUAAACGCUGCCGAUCGUCUCAAGGCCAGCUCCAGCGUUCGGCGAGAAAAGGUCGACGAGGCCAUCGCAGCCCUCGACGAAGCCCGAACAAACGAAACCCAGCUCUUCAACAAGACAAGUAGAGUUACCCAGAGCCUCGUUCAAGAACGCCGCAGGUGGUUCGACAGAACGGCCAGCGACCUGCGUCUGGAAAUUCGAGAACUUGUCCUCCGUGAGAUUGAGGCUGAACGUCGGUCACUGGCCCUCCUCGAGAGCGUGAGAGCGGAUAUCCGGUCCAUCGAUGCCUCUGGUGGCCUGAGCCGUCUGGGCCGUGAAUCUCAUCCUACCGUGCGACGAACGAGCCUCGCUGCCAGCCAGGGACCUAAGGGAGAUGCUUGGAGCGGCGUUCCUCGUCGGUCUGACGCCACCAGCCGCAGCACCUCGGGCGUCGGCAAGGUGGAGGAGGCUGAAGGUGAGGACGGCCAGGAGUCUGGGUCUGGUAAGCACGGAAGCGGGCUCGGCAACUUGGUCGGUCUGGAGGAGGAUGACGAGGACCGAAUUGACGCGAGAAAUGCGGCGAGCCGGUUGGCUACGAGCACCUUUUAA